GAAUAUAUGAUAUUUCUGUAUCGUAAACCGGAAGGGAAUCCCCAGUGUAAAUAAUUUGGCGGGAGUUUCUCCGUGCACGAAAGUUAGCUAUGGAAAUCAUUAAGACUAGACAGCGACGGCCAGGUGGUAUUAAGUCAGAAGUUAAGCAAAAAUACGCACAUCCGAUUCAGUUUUACUCACUGCCACCAGAAGAGACGAUUUCACUUCAAGAAUUUGAAGAAUUUGCAGUAGAACGCUUAAAAGUUCUGAAAGCUGUGGAGACUGCCUCUGUCCGGCAUGUUCGAGGCUCAACUGAAUAUGUUGCAUACUUGGAAAAGGAGAUAAAGAACACCAAGUUCAAGUCACUACUGAAGGUAUCUUAUGGCGGUGAGGUGAAAGAGGACGAGACGGAUGCUCGUAGGCUGGACCACAUCUCUCACUUCAUCCUGAGGCUGGCAUAUUGUAGAUCAGAGGAUUUAAGACGAUGGUUUCUGCAACAGGAGCUAGACCUUUUCCGUUUCCGAUUCCAGAGAGAGACAAAAGACUCUCGUCUUUCUUUCCUGAAAAUCAACAAUCUUGGUUACAAACCAAUUCCUGAUGAAGAAAAGACAGAAGUGUUGCCAUACCUCGUGGCUUGUGACACACCUGCACGAGUAGAGGUCAAUGAGUACUACAAGGUUCAUUUCACUGAAGCACUGGAUUUGGUCCGAGGAAAGAGAGUAUACUUGGAACAAGGCUUUGCGUUUGUUGCCCAGGAUGACCUGGCUUCCAUUUUGUUGUCUGUGUACAGGACGAGACUGUCACAUGCACUGGCUGUGACUUGUCGAGCCUUGCCGCAUCUGGAGGAGGACGAUCGCCUUCUGCCAAUGUUGUGUGGUCUGAGCAAGCGCUACCUGGGUCAAGACUAUAACAACAAGAAAACCACAGUAGGGCAGAUCACUGCUGACAUGAUCGAUUUGCUGUCGCGGACAUCCUUUCCGCCUUGCAUGCAGCAGCUGCACCAAGGCCUGCGCAGCAACCACCACCUGAAGCACGGCGGCAGGAUGCAGUAUGGACUCUUUCUCAAGGGCAUCGGUCUCUCUCUGGACGAGGCUAUGAAGUUCUGGCGAACUGAGUUUGUCAAGGGAAUGGAUCCUGAUAAGUUUGACAAGCAGUACUCGUACAACAUCCGUCACAACUACGGCAAGGAAGGGAAGCGAGCAGACUACACCCCGUACAGCUGUAUGAAGAUCAUCAUGUCAAACACACCCGGACAGGGGGACUCGCAUGGUUGUCCCUUCCGACACUGUGAUGGCGACUUGCUCAGACAGAAACUAAGAGCCCAGAAUAUUUCCAAGGAUGCCAUUGAUGAGAUAUCCAAGUUUGCAAAGGAAGGUCACUAUCAGUUAGCAUGUGGGCGAUACUUCGAUGCAUCUCACAACAUUUCUGGGGACAAUGUUGAAACAAGCAUCAACCAUCCCAACCAGUACUUCGAAGAGAGUCAAAACAUACGCAAGGAUGGGGGAAAGAAACUAAACACCCCUAAUCCUGGUAGGGUCAUUCGGGUCAGCGCAUCUCAGAAUUCUCAGGCUGUGAAAACUGCAAGUCAGCUGACAGACACACAGAACACUGGUCUGGAUGAAAUGGAGGAUGAUUUUCCCAUGGAGGAAUUAGAUUCAAUGCUUCAAGAAACUCAAUAAUCCUGUAAUUCUACAAGGUUUCCAGUUAGGAAGCACUGUACAUUACAUAGAAGUAAUUAUUUAUGGACUAAAUUUUGACAAAGCAAGCAUUUAUCGGGACCGUUCAAAGGCUGAUAUUUGUCCCCAUUCAUGUUUAGUUAUUCAUGUUCUACCUUACCUGGUGCAACACAGUGCUUCUGCUUCCCUACCGUCACAAACAGACUAUAACAGCCCACGCCUCGAUUCCCCCCGAGGUAUCCACCUUGGCCCAUGCUCCCUCAUAUCCUUCUCCAUCUGCCUACACGACAGAUGUGCUUACAGUGAACUGAGACUCACCUCUGAUACUUUUAAGUUGAUUCCUGACGGAUGUUCAAUGUUUUCCCUUGAGUAUAUCCUUCCGCUGACAUAUAUUCCACUUCUGUGCGGUAUAUUUUCUCUUUUUCCUGUUUUCCCGAGCAAAAAACAGCGACCAAGUACCUCAGCACUUUUUCAUGUCAAGGUCGCCAUUUCGUGGGUUGCGUUGAACUCUCUAUUACAAAUAAUAAUAAAUCUCUCAUAUAUUUUGUGGACGGUCGGGUAGCCUAAUGAUUAAAACGUUUGCUCGUCUCGCCAAAGAUCCGGGUUCGAUUCCCGACAUGGGUACAAUGUGUGAAGCCCAUUUCUGGUGUCCCCUGCCGUGAUAUUGCUUGAAUAUUGCUAAAAGUGACGUAAAACCAAACUCACUCACUGGCUCUCAUUUAUUUUCCUUUAAAUUAAUUUUUUUUCACGUUUCGUAUUAUAUAGGUGGGAUAUGAUUGUUGCCUGGUUUGCACUGUCUACACUGAAGUGGUGUUUGGGUGCAUGGUUCCACACGUUUACUUUUUGAUCAUUUAUGGCAGGAAAGGGAAAGGGCUAUAGUCUGUUUCAACUGUCUCUCUGUUCCAGUAGGGGGCACGGGUGGCCCAGUCGUCUAAGGCGUCGCGAUUCGCUGUGGAGAGUUGCGUCCCUUGGUCGUGCCAGAAACCUAUGAUUGUGGGUUUGAAUGACGGUUCGCCCCGAUUAUGUUUCUAGGUUUGUCAGCACCAUACCCGUGCUCAUGGGUUUCACCGAAGUGGUAAACGUCUGAGACCUGCAUCACUUCAGGCUUUCCUCCCACAUUAAGCUGACAUGCCGUGAUAUAACUGGAAUACUGUUGAAAGCGGCUUAAACCCAACUCACUCACUCACUCACUCUGUUCCAGUACUGUCUGUUUGUAAAGGUAGGGAGGGAAGCUAAAGCAGUGUGUAGCGUCAGGUAAGUAUAAAAACAUUGCAUUUGUCACAAAAUGCUCAUUAUUGCAUUGAAUGAAUGUGAAAUAUGUCUGAAUUUAUGUAAAUAAGAACUAACGAAGCAGCAAUAGUUGGGAACACUAGAUAAAUUCCUGUAAUGGUCAUAGUGUAAAUAGGACUCAGAUCGCACGUAAUUUUAGAGUGCUUAUGUUGUGUGAUGCGGAUAUUGUGUCAUCAUACCCCAUGGCAUGGAAAGUGCUCAGGCUAUCAACCACUGGUUUGUCUGAUCCAGGUGUGAUUAGUAACAGAAUGCUAUCUGUUUGACAUGGCUGGAAUGUAGUAAACUACGGUUAUAACGAACACACUUAUAAUAAACUGAAGGAUAUAACGAACUUACUUUUUGGUCCCGACUACUUGCUGUAGUCAUGCUGUAUAUGUACUUAUAACGAACUACGGUUAUAACGAACUAAAAUUAGUAGUCCCUUUGAGUUCGUUAUAACCAUAGUUUACUGUAACUGUUCUAUGAAAACUUUCCUUGAUUCUACCAAAUUAUAAGGAACCACAGCCAUGCAACUAUUUCUUGUUAAAUUCUGCUGUUGUACACUGUAUAUCUUCUGUCUACAAUGUCUCAUUGCAAUGAAGUAAAGAAAAGUGAAAUAAAAAAAA